UGUUUGUCAAAUGUGAUUAUUUAGCACGUGUUGUGUAAAAUAUUUCAGAUUAUUGAAAAUGGGGGUUGAUAAGGUGCAGUCCCACCGUCCUGGCCUUUUUAAACAGACAAACAAGGCACACAAACAUGGGCGACACCGCUCCAAGGGCUCAAUCAGCAGCGAUGCGAAAGGCAAAAUUUCGGUAAAAACGUUGUCUAAGAAGAUUAAGCGGGACUUAAAUCGCGACGAAAGGCGUCACCAAGCUUUACAGAUACGUCAGAAUAAAAGAAACGAGGUGUUGAACAAGAAGAGGUCAUUGGGAGGGCUUGAAUAUGCCCCCUUUUUAGUCGCUGUGGUGCCCCUAAAUAAACUAGGGGAUCCUAAAGAAGUAGUCGAGUAUUUAACCAAAUGCGACUCUGAGGCUAUAAUUAGUAAAAGUCCAACUGGAGUCACUCACAUUUGUACUCCAAGAUUUAAACAAAAAUUCUCAUUUAUUGCUCCCUCAAGUGACAAUGAAUUAGGAGUUUUGGACGCUCUUAAAAUAUGUGAUACAGUUGUGUUUUUAAUGUCAGCUGCAGGAGGGGUUGAAGAAGAGAAUUUAAUUGAUAAAUCAGGACAAAAUAUUUUAAUGUCAUCAUUUGCACAGGGCUUACCAACUCCUGUUGUUGUGUUAAGUGACUUAAAUACUCUGGUACAAAAAAAGCGUCACGAUUAUAAACAACAAGCUCAAAAAUUAAUUACAAAGUGGUUUCCUGAUGAAAAACUGGUAACACUGGAAAAUGAAUCAGAUGGAAUUAAUUUAUUAAGAAAAAUUGGUAAUCAAAAAAGAAGAAGUGUUUUAUACAGAGAUAGAAGGCCACACAUUUAUGCAGAGGAUUACGAGUACACAGCUGAUGAAACAGGGCCUUAUGGAACUUUGAAAGUAACCGGUUAUUUGCGUGGAGCAGCUUUAUCGGUAAAUAGUUUGGUGCAUUUGCCUGGAAUUGGUGAUUUUCAAAUGACUCAAAUAGAUGCUCCCUUUGAUCUUUACGCUAUUGAAAAGAAUAAAAAUAAAAAUGCAACAGGAAUGGAUUCACUUGAAAAGAAUGAUACUAGAGUUUUGGAUAGAGCUGACCCAGUUAAACAAGAGUCAUUGGAUGCCGAAAAUGUUCCAGAUCCAAUGGAUGCGGAACAAACUUGGCCCACCAGUGAAGAAAUUGACAUGGCAGAGCAAGAAAACAAGGCGAAGAAAGUGAAAAAAGUCCCUAAAGGAUGGUCGGAUUAUCAAGCAGCUUGGAUUCCAGACGAUGACGCUGAAUUUCUAGAAGAUAAUGGCUCUUCAGAUGAAGAAUCAGACCAAUAUAUGGACGCAAUGUCUGAAGAAAAAUCGGAAAAUUCCGAUCAAGAAGAACAAGAGUUUGACACUGUAACAGAAUCAGAGCUUGCCCCAAAUGAUGAGAAGUAUGACCAAGAAAUGGAUUUUCUAGCAGAAAGACAGGAAUUGGAAAAAUUGAAAGCUGCAAGAACUGAUAAGAUGUUUCCUGAUGAAGUAGACACACCUCUUGAUCAGCCUGCGAGAGUUAGGUUUCAGAAAUAUAGGGGACUUGAAAGCUUCCGAACAUCACCUUGGGACCCUAAGGAGAAUUUACCAAGUGAUUAUGCAAGAAUAUUCCAAUUUGAGAAUUUUGAUAGAACGAAAAAGCGAGUGUUGAAAGAAUUGGAAGACAUAGAUGGUGCUAAAGUGAGUAUAACUUUUUUUAAAUCUAUAGAUAGUUUAUGGGUUAUUUUCCAGCCUGGAUGGUACAUUACUGUGCAUAUAAAGAACGUUUCACAGCUCUUAUGGUCAAAUUUUAUAAAAAUUGACGCUCCUUUGGUGCUGUUUGGGUUGCUACCCCAUGAAUACAAAAUGUCGGUUAUUAACGUUGUUUUAAAACGAACCCCAAAUUACUGUCUUCCAAUCAAAUCAAAAGAGCGCUUGAUUUUCCAAUGUGGCUACAGGAAAUUUGUCACAAAUCCCAUAUUCAGCCAACAUACAAAUGGCCAAAAACACAAGUUUGAAAGAUAUUUUCAACCUGAAUCAACAGUUGUUGCCACUUUUUAUGGCAGAAUACAAUUCCCUCCCUCCCCAGUUCUUUGCUAUAAAGAAGAAAAUGGCAAGUUGGUUUUGGUCGCGACGGGAAGCUUGCUGUCGUGUAAUCCUGACAGAAUUAUUUUGAAAAGAAUUGUUUUGUCAGGACACCCAUUUAAAAUUUAUAAAAGAUCUGCGGUUAUAAGGUUUUUGUUCUUCAAUCGUGAAGAUAUUAUCUAUUUCAAGCCUUGUAAAUUGAGGACAAAAAUGGGGCGUGUAGGACAUAUCAAAGAACCUUUGGGCACACAUGGACACAUAAAGUGUAUCUUUGAUGGGCAGUUGAAAUCGCAAGACACAGUUCUUCUCAAUUUGUACAAAAGAGUAUUUCCUAAAUGGACAUAUGAAGAUUUGGUGGUCAGUAUUGCCAAUAAUAAAGAAAUGGAAACAUGAUUAUUUUGUUAAAAAUAACUGUCUGAUAUGUAAUAUAUGUAUUACAUCAAUGAAGUGUUGAAUGAAAUUGAUUUUUAUUUCAACAUUAAUGUACCGCAGUUAAAACUUUACUAAAAAUAUAUUUUAAAAACUA